UUUUUUUGGCUUUAUAAAGGCAUAAAUUCUCUUUUUACCGGCUUUUAAGACCAUGUUUCAGAAAGUGAAGGGGUCACCCGGUCACCCUUUUCCCAAUCAGACGGUUAUUUUGUACACAUCAUUAAAAAAGCCAACUCAUUUGCCAAAUCAGAUGUCACCUAAUGUAUCGUUAAAUGAGACAAACAAGAGAGCACGAAUUUAAGGGAGAAUAACCAUGUGGAAUCCAUCGUCAUUAUCAUCACUUCCCCUCAAAAUAGCAUUCAUCAUCUCUUUCUCUCUCAUUGCUUCUUCUUCGUCUUACUCUCCCCCAACCCCCAACCCUGGUUAUCAUUUCAUCUCAGUUCCGAAAGUCAACUCCAAGAAACCCUCAGCGACCACCGCAACCGCUGGAGACAUACUCGCACUCCUUGGCACACCUCAGCAUGUUGCAUCCAUCGACCCCCAAGUUGUUGCUGAACUUCAAUCCUACUUCAAGUUCAUCGUUCCUUUUAAUCCUACUACCAACACUCCACCUGGUUACUGUUUCAAUUUAAUAAAUCGGUUGAGUCAAUCCCUAACCGAAUCGAGAAUUCGAUUUCCGCGGCGCACACUGAAUUCUAAACCCCGUCGUGACGCUGAGAGUUAUCAGAAUGAGCUUAUCUGGUCACCACCGACACCUGUGUUGGAGAUUGCUCGGCUUGCUUUUGAUUCUGGUGGUGAUCCAGGUUUGAUCCCACGAUCAGUACCAGAUUGUGAAGGCUCAAUUGAAAAUCGAUGUGAACUUACAAGAUAUCCUUAUAGAAAGCAUUUUAUAAACGAGGUUUUCACUACAUGA